CCACGCCAUUGCAACGACAAUGACAUACCCAUCCAUUAAAACAUCUGCUUCACAUGGCGUGAGAUCCAAGUUCACUGCCUUGGUAAACUAUUCAGCUAGAGUUAACUUGAUUUUCCUCACGAACCGACCAACGCAUUCUUUUACGACCUCAUCAAUCCAAUGCCGAACGCGUUCCUUGUCAUACGCACGAUCUUUUUUGCCCUACUUCUCUGUUUGAACGUCUUGCUACUUGUCUUCGCAGGAUGGAAUUUAUCGGCAAUUGCAAAUACUGCGCCCGGUGCGCCCAUACUUGUCAUUAUAAGCUCAUCCUUAAUUCUCCUAUUUGUGACCUUGGCAUCCAUUGCCGAGGCUAUUUGCUCCCAGGGAAGACCUGAACACGUGCGGUUUGAGUGUGCUUGGACGGUCCUCAUGUGCACUGUGCAACUUGCCUCUAGUAUUAACGCGACAGUCAACGGACCACCUGUGAUUUGUCACUCACAAUGGACAUGGUCAACUUGCGCCUCGUCUUCGCUCCUGGUCCCUGUGACCUGGAUGGUCGCUCUCAUCAUCCUCACCUAUUGCUUGACAAUAUGUAUUACCACAUUGCUACAUGCACCUUCGAUUCCAGACGUUUGGCGGAUGCCAAUAUCCUCGGUGCCGUGGUUCAACGUCGAUGCAAAAGUGCCGUCCCCCAGUGCUAAGGUAUUCGCUAAGGAGAAGGCCUUCUCACGGUAUUCUAAUGCAAGCGCGGAAUCCUGUGCCAUCACAAAGUAUAUCACAGAACGCUGGGGAAGACUCACUCACAUCGAAAGCCAAUCGGAAUCUCCUUCGAAAGUUGCCUUGUCCUCCAAAGGUCAUGAGUCUAUUGACAACGCCCGACCUGUCUGGGCACGACAAAAAGAUGGACGACGAGGUGUCGACCAACCAUUUGCUAAGCCACCGCUACUACCUGCCUUACGCGGGGUUUUGCCGCCCCCGCCACCCACCAUUCUUGCAAAGGAAGCUGUUGUGCCGAGGGACACCCGUUACGUUGGACGGUCGGAGAUGAAAUCGAGUAACGACCACUCGACCCUCACUUCGCAUGCACAGACGUUGUUCCCGAAAGGGACUGCCAACCCGGAUCUUCCUAUUCCGCGUCCACAUCUGUCUCACUGGAUACCCGCUGACGCUACGAAAGCGGGUUACUUUUAAAGUGCUGUUUCCGUGGAGUGCUGCUCACUUCCCUGAAGUUAUUUUGCUCAGUUGGACUACUAGGUGCAUGCGGACUUGACUUCUGUAGCGUUAGCCCAGUACUUGUUGUAAUGAAUUCAAAGAUGUAG